GCGCAGCUGGCAGAGCCAUUCAGCAUUACAGAAUUUGAUUUGGAUCAGCGUGCCACCUGAAGAGGCGUCACAGCCAAGUCCAGGCAGGGAAGUGGGAAGAGGAAUGGGAAAGAACGAACAAAAAAAAGAAAAAGAAAAAAAGGAGCACAACGGAAUUUCGCUCGGAAGGACCCAGCCGCUAGCAGCAGCCAGGGGCCCCCUUGGAUCCUGAUCCCUUUCUGGCCCGACACCGGUGUCUGCGAACGAAAGGUCGGGACUAAUCCGCCGUCGUCAAUUUCUCUUGCUUUGGCCAAACCCCAUCUGGCGGCGAGUCGAGGCCACGGCGCUCCACGACUUCGUCACACAACUUUGCUUUCGUAUUCAACCUGACCUUUUAUUUCUCUCAACCUUCCCAACUGCCUGCCUUCGCACCCAGACCACCACCACCAGACAGACUCUCGCCCACAUCCGCGAACAGCACGAGGCGGCGAAUCCUCCUCCAACACAGCCUCGCCCGCACACUUUCAUCCCAACACCCACUCACCUGUCUCCUGCCCUUGACGAUGAUCUCCAUGUUAUAGCGAGACGGUCCUUAGGGACACUACCAACAGCCGCGGAUAUCUCCCUCGACUGCGCGCAGCUUCUCAGCAACCGACAUCUCCCAGAUCUGCUGAUUGCUAUACACUACCUCCCGCUCAUCUCACCGCACCUGGACUGUUUGUUGCUGGCCGCUGGUGUUUCAACGAUAGCAACUUGACUGCAACGCAUCUGAUCGUAUUUCGGGUACCUUGUCCUCCAACCGACAACAGCAAGGACCGGGCGCACGGAAAGUUUCUGUUGCUUCGGCUCGUCACUUGCACGGGAUAUACCCAAUCCGGCACUGCGGGCCAAUCUUGUUCAUCGUUCAUCACAUCGUCAUCUCUUCUACUCGCAUUUAAUCCUCUUACUACGCACGAGGUCUUCCCUUCUACUCUAUUCUCUUCAUCUUACCUUCCUUAUCCCUAUUCUUCUCCGCUUUGGACCAACGAAGGAAACAAGACACCCACCAUGCAAAACCACAAGCCACAAGAUUUCCCCUCGGCGAGCCUGCUGGCCCUGCACGCCAUCACGCCCGCCGUAGCCUCCAAGACAGAAGAAGAGCCAUCUACUGAUGCCGACGAACCCCCGGACGAACGUCCCCUGGGGCUUUCUCCAACAUCCAAGCGGUUCCAGAAGGCCAUCUUCCGCCCUGUGCCCGAGUGCUACCCCUCCCUCUUGACCAAGGCUCUCCAGAGCCACUCCGAGGACGACUCCCUCGAGGGUCGAGAGGAUCUGCGUCCAAGUUCCAGGCGCCGGCGCUCGCUUGCUAGCAACAUCAGCGUCGCGUCCACCGCCGACCUCAGCUGCGAUACGGCCCUCACGACGCCGGCUCGUACAAGCUCACCGAGCCCGCGCCUGCCCCAGGAGUCUUUCGCUACUGUCGACGCUGGACUUGAUGCUGUCAAGGUGGCAAGGCAAACCGGCGUCCCUCAGAACGGCGAAAAGAAGCGGUGCAUAUCGUUUGCCUGCGCCGCCGCCCCGCAGCCCCGUGCUCCAACAGAGAUCGUGACGCCCAAGCCUGUUCCGACCAUCGUUGCACCCAAGCGGCCUUGUAUCAAGUUUGCCUGCGAUGCGGGGAAGACGGAUGCCCCGCAGAAGGCCGCUCCAAAGACCCGUGCCUCGGGGAGCAACGUGAUGCUGUCUGCGGCUCCGAGGAAGAUCCGCUCGCCCUCGACGAACUCCCGCUCCAACCGAUCUGCCACACCUAGAAGAUCAACGGAAAACAAUGCCACCGUUCGCUUCCGGAAUUUCCUGUCGGCCAGCCCCAACGAUCUCAAGGACGAGGCCUCUCGAUUCCACGAGUUUGCAACCGACGAGGUCCAGGAGGAUGACUGGAUCCGCCAAGACACCGUCAAUGCGCAGCGAAGGUUGACCAUUGAGGAUACUCUCCAGAUGGAACUGGCCAUCAGCCGUCUUGGCAAGGAGGCCGAGGAGGAGGCCGAGCAGGAAGAGGCGGAUGCCGGCGAGGCUGAUCAGGCAGACAACGCUGACGAUGUUGACGACGAGGAUGGCGACGAUGGCGACGACGCCGAUCUCGAUGACGCCUGGGCGGGCUAUGGGUCCGACCACGAGUCCUCGGACGGAUACCGCACCGACGAGGAGGAUGGGUUUGCCGAGUCUGAUGAUGACGACGACGACGGACUCGUGCUGUGGUCAACUAGUGGCCAUUCAGCCGCUACCAGAAUUCCCGCCAGCUCGUUCCAGCGCCGUGUUUCCAUCAGCGAGCUGUCGGAUUCGUCCGCAUUCUCUCCCGGCCAUGCGACGUCGUCCCGGCGCAAGAUGUCGCGCUCGUCGCCUCGUAAUCCCGUCCGCCCCGAUACCCCUGAUCUCCCCGACAGUACCGAUUUCGUCUGCGGGACCCUGGAUGAGGACCGGCCACUUGAGGAGGCUUACCUGACCUGCAUCAAUGCUCGCAAAACUGAGAAGCUUCGCCUGAUUCCGCAGGACAUCGACCCUAGCUUCCCAACCUCGGAGCCCGAGGACGAGGACGACGCCUCUUUCAGGCCCCUGCACCGGAAUAGCGAAGAGCACGUGUGGCUUCAUGGCGAGAUUGAGGGUCUUGACGUGGACGACGACCAUGUCGAGCGGCCCAAGAAGAAGCUCAACUCGCCCAAGCGCCUGCACUCGCCUCCACCCAGAGCCCGAGGCAGAUCGCCCCCUCCCCGUCGUCUCUUUGACCGCCACUCGCCGCCUCGCCGGCUGCGGUCCCCGCCGCCCCCUCAGGCCACUGUCUCGCCCCACGCGUCUCCGAUCCAUGGUGGACAGCGGGUCGUCUUCAAAGCGCUGGCAUUCCGUCCCGGCCUCACCCACACAAAGUCGCUGCCCAGGGCGCCCGCCCUGAUGGGACACCUCAAGUCGUCGCACCACCGCAAGAGGCCCGCCCCUAUCUCCAAGGAGGGGCACGUCCGGGGAGCCAUUGACAUUGUGAAGGGUUUGGAGCACCGGCGCCAGCGCCGCAGGGAAAAGUUCAAGGAGAAGCAGUGCAACCGCGCCCGCAAGGGGCUGGCACAGGAGCGACGUCCGCAGCCCGGCAAGGGAGCGGAGCGCAUGAGGGAGCUGGGUCUGCUGAUGGCUGGCAAGCUAAGCCCCAAAAAUUAUGUUCUUUCUGUCUGAUUUGGCCAUCUCCGUCCUCGUCACUGACAUCCCGCAUUUUAUCAUUUAUCAUUUUGUCACUUAUACCAUUAUCAAGGCGCAUCAUCGGGAAGGAGGGCAUCGCACAACAAGGAGUUGCAAGCGAAUUGGGAGGCCAGCAUUGAAUUAACCGUUUGAUUUUCUCUUUUUCACCUUGUGGCAACGCAGUCUUCAUUUGUCUCAUCUUCUUGCCUUUCCACUCUAUGCAUCUUUAGUAUAACGUCAUCCCUGUCGUCUUUUUCUUUCUUUUUUCUUUCUCCGAUGUCUCAAGUCAAGCUUGAGUCUUCGUCCGUACAUAUUUAGAGACUGCGUUUUUUUUUUUCUCUUCUCAUUUUCCUGGUCUCUCCUGCUAUUCAUGAAUGCCCUUCGGCAGUCAUGCAUCUUUCUUUUUGGGUGGUCUCACUGCUUCGGACGCAUUGCCUUCUCCCGUUCCCGCAUUCAAGCCAUCGUCGCGCGCAUCUCACAAUUCAGAUACCCAUGCAUGGGGAGCGAGGGCUACAGUCAUUUAAUCUUGCAUUCAAUCAAGAGUGACUUCCCCCAAAGUUUACCUCCUUCGUUUCUUCUUUUCUGCUUUUUUUUUCUUCUUUUUUUUUCUCUCCCCCGGCGCAUUGGCUGAGCAUCAACUUGGGCGAAGCCGAUCUUUGUAUGUAGCCUGGGGUGGAUGGGGGCGUGUUUGAGAAGCCAAUGUCAAAUCUUGAGAUUCUCAAU